AUGAGGCGCUGGGCUCUAGCAGUACUGCUAACAGCACUUGCCUGGUAUAAUGUGGUCUUGGCAACAGCCGUACGCGCUGUUUCUGAGAAACGGGACGAUAAUUCGAUAACAAAACCAUUUCAGCGGAGGGCAUUACAUUCAGUCGGUGUCAUUGGCAAAUACUUGUAUAUUGAAGGAGGGGAAACAUCUGGAUACAUUGAUGGCCAACGGACUGGCAAAUCCGAUUCAUACGUUCUCAACCACACCCUUUCCAUCCGCCUCGACCAGUCUUGGAGUCUAGCCUCCGUCAAAUACACCGAAAUCCAAGAACACAAGCCGCCUCCCGUCAACAAAUUUUUCAUGUGGUCUGACACAAAAUCCGACGUGUUGUACCGCUAUGGCGGCGCUGUAGGAUAUGGAGUCGAUCUCUCUCUCGAUAGCGACAUCAAUAGUGCGCUUUGGAAGUUUACCCCAGACAACCAAGGCGCAGGGUCUUGGACAACCGAGACACCAUCCAACCAAGACGUGUUCAACGCCAUGGUGCUCAAUACUCGUGGAGCCGCGGCGUUUUGUCCAGGUGACCAACUUGGCUUCGUCGUGGGAGGUUACGGAACCAGCUCAACAGAUAAGCGUUUCAAAGGGGUGGACUGGCCAACUUCUGUUAAUACACCGGGCAUGCUUAGAUACGACGCCAAAACCCAAAUUUGGUCCAACGAGUCAACCACAGCCAUGAGCCCCAAGGGCGUAUUUACAACAGGUGAGGCGCUUUGCGUGUCAGGAUUUGUGAAUAACUCGCUCCUUUUUGUGAUUGGCGGUUAUACAUCUGGGCUCAAUGACUUCACGAAUAUUACGUUUUAUGACACAAAGGAGAAGAAGUGGUACUGGCAGGCAACCACUGGCACUAUCCCGAGGGGCCGUGAGCUAUUCUGCGCCGUGGGAGCGACUAGUCGCAAUGCCACAUAUGAGAUCUUCAUCCACGGAGGAAGAAACCAAGCCGACGGCUCCUUCAGCGACACCUAUGUCCUAACCAUCCCCGGAUUUCACUGGAUAAACACUGGUCUCAGCGGCUCCAAUCGAAUAGAUCACACAUGCACCGUCGUUGGGAACAGACAAAUGCUGAUUUCCGGUGGUAUCCCGCUCGAAUGGGACUGGAAGCCCACGGACCCGUGGGUGAGCGCACUCGGAAUCGUAGACAUGACUUCCCUCCAAUGGAGUGAUAGCUACGACGCAAAGGCCGCCGAGUAUGAUUCGCCGCAAAAGAUCAAGGAUUGGUACAACAAUGGGAACCUUGCCUCCGUUUCCUGGAGCACCCCCGAGGUGAAGGAGCUGUUUAGCCAAAGAAAAGGCCCAAGCCCAGGAAGUCCGACGGCGCCAUCCCCGACGCCACCAAUUGCUGAGCAACCGAGCCCAGGGGCAUCUCCCACACCAGUUGGCGCAAUUGCGGGCGGCAGUAUUGGUGGCGUGGUAGUCUUGGCAGUGAUAGGUCUUUGGUUUUGGCGUCGCAAAAGGAAGGAAAGGAAGCAGCCGACCGAAGAGGUCAACGAUGAAGGUGGCCACGAGAGAGGUCCUACAGGGGCUGAAUUACAUGGUCAGAGUAAACCUCAGGAGUUGCCUGCGAAAUCAUAUAACAGCGCAGUAUAUGAGAUGCCGGGAUAA